AUGAAGUUCUCGUCCACUGUUCUAGCCGCUAGCGUUAUCGGUGCUUCCGCUGUUUCUGCUGCCACCAGUGUUAUGACUACCAAAACUAUCACAGCCACUAAUGGCAGCAAUGUGUACACCAAGGUUGUUACCGACACCGCUGACCCAAUCAUUAGCCAGAGCACCACUAGAACUGUGACAGUCAAAAACAGUGAUGCCACUUACACUAAAGUCGUCACAGAGGGUCCAGACACCACUUCUUUGAGCAGUACCACCAAGACCAUCACAGCUACCAACCAAAGCGGCUCUUACACCAAAACUGUUACCGCCGCCGUAACCUCAUCAACUUCGGACUCCUCUUCUAGCUCUUCUUCAUCUUCGAGCUCGGCCUCUUCCGCCUCUUCUUCUUCUUCCUCUACGGGAGCCGCCGAAGGAAUUAUGAGCAACAUGAACUUAGGGGGCGCUCUCUUCGUCGCUCUCGCGUCUUGUAUGCUCUAA